AUUCAGGGGUGAAUUUGAGCAGCUUCGUUCUUCCUUCCUAUUAGCAUUCCGAAAUAAAAAUUAGCAUCAGAAUCUAAUCUACCAAAAAAGUGAACUCAUAGUAACGGUUUCUUCUAAACUGAGGCAUCAGCAGCUUCAAGAUCCACUGCUCUGCCAUUUACUUGAGGCCAUGUUUUAGUCACUGCAUACACCAGCUUCUCCUUUCUCCAAUCCAAAUCCCUACUCGAUGCUGCGUUCUCUCCGAUCCCGUCGCCGUCCCCGUUACGGAGCUCAAGUAUGUGCCGUCAUCUCAGCUCUUCUCCUCCUUCUCUCAGUCUCACUCCUCCACACUCGGAUCUCUUCUUCCUCUCAUCACCACCACCACAGUGUACAUCAGAAUGAUGAUGAUGAUGAAACCAGCACAAUUAUCCACCAAAACCCCCUCCUCUCUGACUCUGCAGAUGACAACUCGAACGACGUAGUUGACAAGAUUGACGAGCUCGACACUUUCGAAGAUCAAAAGGACACUACUGGCAUUAGAAACUAUGAUAAUAAUGAAGAUUCAUUAGAAGAUGAAAGUGGGUUGCAAGCCCAAAUCAAGAAAACAGCAGUUUCUGCUUCUGGGUAUUAUGUAGAUCACAUUACUGGAUCCAUUCGUAGAGCUUUUAAUAAUAAAAGAUCAAUUGAUGAGUGGGAUUAUGAUUAUAGUUCUUUUAGUGCGGUAGAGGAUCAUCAAAAGAGUAAGGCUGCGUUUGGAAGUGAUGAUAUUCCCAUUGAUGAAGAUGUGAGGAGAAAAGUGAAUGAAGUUGAUGGGAUUGAAGAUGCUUUGUUGUUAAAGAUUGGGAAGAGGGUUUCUCCUUUAAGAGAAGGGUGGGGAGAUUGGUUCGAUAAAAAAGGUGAUUUCUUGAGAAGGGAUAGGAUGUUUAAGUCAAAUUUGGAGGUUUUGAAUCCUUUGAAUAAUCCUCUUUUGCAGGACCCUGAUGCUGUUGGGUUUACUGGGUUGACUAGAGGGGAUAAGGUGGUGCAGAAGUUUCUUCUCAAUGAGUUUAAGAGGAACCCGUUUCUUAUUAAGAACCCUUUGAGAGUUUUAAGGAUGACCCAUGAAGUGGAAGAAAAUGGCAAUGAUGUUGAAAUUAGGAAGAGUGCGAGUGAUUUUAAUAGUAGGGAUGGGUCUAAGAUAGCAGAACGACGGAUUUUUGAUGAGAAUGUGAGUACUGAAUCAUAUGGCAAGCGAGUAAAUAAUGUUCAGGAGAACCUGAAUGAGGAUGAAAAGACUAAUGUGACACAGGGUGACAAUUUAAGUGACAGAUUGUCUAAUGAUAGCAGAAAGGAUUUAUCGAGUGCAAAUAGUAUUACUGUUGAACUUAAGCAAAUGGAUGGUGUAGAGAAUAGGGAGUCUAAAAUAAUACAGAGGAAGUCUGAGGAGUUGAGUUAUAUAUAUGCAGAUGGGAAAAGAUGGGGUUACUUUCCUGGUUUGCAUCCUCAUUUGUCUUUCUCAGAUUUCAUGGAUUCCUUUUUCAGGAAGGGGAAGUGUGAUUUGAGGGUAUUCAUGGUGUGGAAUUCACCGCCUUGGAUGUAUACUGUUAGACACCAGAGAGGGCUUGAUAGUCUGCUGUUUCACCACAGAGAUGCUUGUCUUAUUGUGCUAUCUGAGACAAUUGAGCUGGAUUUUUUUGCAGGCUCCUUCGUGAAAGAUGGUUAUAAAGUUGCUGUUGCCAUGCCGAACCUUGAUGAAUUGCUGAAGGAUACACCAACUCACGUAUUCGCUGAUGUUUGGUCUCAGUGGAGAAGUACGAAAUUCUACCCCACUCACUAUAGUGAGCUUAUCCGGCUUGCUGCUCUUUAUAAAUAUGGUGGAAUCUAUCUUGAUUCUGACAUUAUAGUUCUAAAUCCAUUGUCAUCGCUUCACAAUACUGUUGGUCUGGAGGGACAGAUUGCUGGAAGUUCUUUGAAUGGGGCUGUGAUGGCAUUUAAAAAGAACAGUCCAUUCUUAAUGGAAUGCUUGAAGGAGUUUUAUAUGACAUAUGAUGAUACCAAUUUGAGAGGGAAUGGGGCUGACCUUUUGACAAGAGUUGCACAAAAAUUCUAUAGAAAAGAGGAUAAGUCCUUGAAGCAGCUGGAGUUGAAAUUGCAACCCUCUUACAUUUUCUUCCCAAUUGGUUCACAGGAUAUUACAAGUUACUUCACUACUCCAGCAACAGCGAGUGAGAAAGCUCGACAAGAUGCUAUGUUCAUUAAGAUUCUGAGCGAGUCGUUGGCAUUUCAUUUCUGGAGCAGCUUGACAUCUGCUCUAAUUCCAGAGCCAGGCAGCCUUGUAGCCCGGCUUCUUGACCACCCAUGUAUCCAUUGCUCUGAUGUAUUGUGAUUCUCAAGCAACUGGUCAAUCUAUUUAAAACCUUCAAGUUGGGUGAACUAGAGCAACAUCCAGAGCACAUGUAAUUCUUACUAGCGUCUGAAGAUAUAUAUGUCCAGAAGUUAGCAUUACAGAGAUUAUAGUUUCAUGUUGGACAUAGGAAUACCUGUACAGUGUUCUAUCCUUUCAUGUUAACCUGUUUAAUUAGUGGGAAAAAGUCAAUUUUGCGAGUAAGCUUGUAGAAAACUUUUACAAAUACCUGGUUCCUUACAUGGCUGUAAAAGAUGAGUUUGUGUAUACAAGAUGGUUCAGCAAAUUGCAACCUGCUGUAUCAAUGAAAAUUUUGAAUUCUCUUUCUUUA